CCUUAACCGUUACACGGUUAAGAACAACUAUACCAUGCCCCGCACGGAUGAGCUGUUUGACCGUCUGGCAGGCAACCGCUUCUUCACGAAGAUCGAUCUUUGUAGCGGUUACCACCAGAUCUGCGUUGCCACAGAGGAUCAGCCGAAAACCGCCUUCGGAUCGCGCUUCGGCCACUACGAGUUCACGGUGAUGCCAUUCGGCCUCACCAAUGCACCCGUCACCUUCCAGACGGCGAUGAACGACAUCUUCAGGGACAUCCUUGAAGAAUACGUUCUCGUAUACCUGGAUGACAUCCUGGUCUACAGUCUGGACUUCCUAGGACACCAUGUGUCUGACCAGGGUCUCCACAUGGACGACGCGAAGAUCACUGCUACUGCAGAGUGGCCCGUCCCCACAUCUGCCAAGCAGCUUCGCAGUUUCGUAGGCCUCACCAGCUACUAUAGUUAUUUUAUCCAGGGAUACGCUAGGUAUUCCUACGUCCUUACCUCUACCCUCCUCCGGAAGAACCCGCCGUGGUUUUGGACACCCCUGUGCGAGGACGCAUUUCGCGCCCCCAAGAAGGCGGUGACCUGUGCGCCGGUUCUUCACCUUCCCGAUUUUGAUUGCCCCUUUAUCGUCACCACCGAUGCGUCAGAUUUUGCAGUAGGAGCUGUCCUUUCUCAGGUGUUUCCCUCUCCUCCAGAUUCACCUUACCCCCAUGUUCCUCCUUUCCCCCCCUCUCCUGCUGACACUGCUUCUCGACUGACGCCUACCCUCCCACCACUUCCCUCCACUGACAGUCCUCCUGUUACUUACUCCUCGACCAUCGCGGAGGAUGGGAUUGUCGAGUCUCGUGUUGGGGAUUACCCGAUUGCUUUCUACUCCCGUCAGCUACUGCCUGCCGAGAUAAACUACACUGCCGAUGAACGUGAGCUCCGCGUCCAGGCUGUAGCAGAGUUCCAUGACCAGGCAGUUGCCGGUCAUAUGGGUUUCCACAAGACGUUGGCUCGUGUUUGCCGCGUAUACGUCUGGCCGAAGUCCAAUGACUUUGUCAAAGCUUACAUCCAAGAGUGUCCUGCCUGCCAGGAGGUGAACAGCGCGAACCACCUUCCGUAUGGGUUACUUCGGCCCCUACCCAUACCUGAAGGUCGUUGGCAGUCCAUCUCGAUGGAUUUCAUUGGUCCCCUCCGCCCACCCACUGAGCGUGGUCAUGAUGCUAUCUUGGUCGUCGUCGAUCGCUUCACGAAGCGUGCACGUUUUGUCCCGUCCCGCUAUCGCAUUAGCGCUCAUGAGGUCGCCGACAUCGUCUUCGACCGAGUCAUGAGAGAUCACGGCUUACCUCAGAGCAUCAUCUCCGACCGUGACCCGCGCUUUAACAGCACAUUCUGGCGACGCCUACACGAGGUGUACAGAUCCCAGCUCCGCUUCUCAUCGUCUUACCACCCUCAAACGGAUGGUCAGACUGAGGUCACCAAUAAAACUCUCGGUAAUAUCCUCCGAAAGUUUGUUAGGGAUGACCAGCAGUGGGACUUACACUUAGCUCACGCGGAGAUUGCGUACAACCACGUUGUUUCGCCAGCCACGGGGAUGUCGCCAUUCUAUUGCGACCUCGGCUACCACCCUCGCGUACCCGCGAAUUUCCUACGACCAUCGCGGUUGCGCCCAGACACUCGUUUCCCUGCGCUUGACGACUGGAUCGCCCACAUGGCGGCGAUUAUGAAGCGCGCACACGAGAGUUUAGCCGACUCCCAGACUCGCAUGGCCACACGAGCGAACCGAUCACGAAUGGAUCAUCCAUUCAAAGUCGGUGAUGAUGUGCUCGUCGAUGCACACCACUUACAGCUCGAAGCAGAUACGCUUCGCAAGUUCAGGCGUCCUUUCUUCGGUCCAUGCCGCAUCCUUCAGGCCGUCGGUUCUGAUACUGCCGCUAGUCCGGUCAGCUUCCGUGUGAAGCUACCUGAUUACCUUCGACAGGUUCGCGUACACGAUGUUUACCACGUCUCCUUGUUGCGUCCUUAUCGCAGACCGUCCGAGCGCUUUGCCGGACGCCCUUAUGAGCGCCCUCCACCUAUCAUGGUGGACGGUCACGACGAGUUCCUUGUUUCCGACAUCGUAUCACGCCGAGUUACCGACGAUACCCCUCCACGCAUCGAGUACCUUGUGCGUUGGAAGGGCUACCCUGAUGAGGAGGCUACUUGGGUACCCCUCGAGCACUUGCAGCACGCUAGGAUGUUGGUGCGUACAUAUAAUCGUGCUCGUCAUGCUGAGACAUCUGCUUCUACUCAGUUGACUGACACUCUUCCUCCUCCUCCGGCUGAGGAGAUUGCUGAGGACGUGCCCGCUCCCUCUGAGGCCGUUCCUCAGCCGCAGAUGGUCGCCUCCGAGCGUCCACAGCGCAUUCAUCGUCGCCCUUCGCGUUACGAUGACUGACACUCUUAUCCUCUAUCUUUCCCCACUGACUCACACCAUCAGGUACUCCAUCAUCAUCUCUUCUUCAGGAUGUCAGCGUUUUGCGG